CUUCUCUCUCUCUCUCUCAUAUUAUAAAAAACUGUUUUUUCCCAUCACUCCAUGCUUUCACAUAGUUGAACAAAGUUGUCUUUCCUUUAUCCAUUUCCAUCUGCCGGCCGCUAAAAUUAUCCAAUUGUCCUUCUCUGGGCUCACUCAUUCCUCUUUGGGCGUCUACUGGUUUUUUUUCCCAGACGAAAUUAUUCGAAAAGCUGAGACUUUGGUGUGGUUUAAGCCACGAUCGCUGUUCAUAAGCUCUUCAUUGCGUGAUUCGUCGAAUACCCAGAGUUUCCCGAGAAACUUUUUGGUAAUUCAGGGAGUUAAAAUGACCUCUGUACAAGGGCCAGUUGUUUGCCCGUUAGUUCGUGCUAAAAGAACGGGUGAAUACUCUGUUCUGGUCAGUUCACUUUCAGUGAAGACUACUAAAGUUCUUAGAAGUGGGUUUAGAGGGUCUACUAGACGAGUUCGAGUGGCUAGACUACCACGACCAGAAAUAAGCACGGUGAUCAAAUGCAGUUUCAGUUCAUCUUCCAAUGGCAAUGGCAGCAGAGCUGAGAACUUUAGCGAGAAUGAUGCUGACUAUGUGAAUUCUAUCGUUCUUGAAGCUGUUCAAGUACAGAGUAGCCGAAAUGGUUUCCUGAUCAAAAUGAGAGAUGGUAGGCAUAUGAGAUGUGUCCAUAACAACCCUCAAGGCGACCAUCUUCCCGAGUAUGAACCACAUCCCGCAAUAGUAUUGAGAAUGGAAGAUGGAACUGGCCUUCUUCUUCCUAUCAUCGUUUUGGAAAUGCCAAUUGUAACGCUCAUGGCUGCAGUUCGAAAUGUCCAAAUUGCCCGACCUACAAUGUACCAAGUGUUUAAGGACAUGAUUGAGAAGAUGGGCUAUGAAGUAAAACUUGUUCGUAUUACGAAGCGGGUAGAUGAGGCAUAUUUUGCUAAAUUAUACCUCUCCAAGGUGGGUAAUGAAGGUGAGAGUUUCACCCUGGACCUUCGACCUUCUGAUGCCAUCAAUAUAGCUGUCAUAUGCAAAGUGCCAAUUCAAGUAAACAAGUAUGUGGCGAAUAGUGAUGGCAUGAGGAUAAUUGAACCGGCCAAUUCAUUGGUUCUGGGUUCAACUUCACAUGGAUCAUUGCUCACCGAUCUGGACAGGCCUACUGGCCGGCCAUGCUUCGUGACCGAGGAGUUUACUCUCUUGCGCAACAUGGAUAAUGCUGCAGCCGAGGGACGCUACAUAGAUGCAGCUAUGUGGAGGGACAAACUCGCUCAACACCGCGCCAAGAGGAACUGGACGUAGCAGGUACGAGUUGCUGGAUGAUGACGUGUACAUAACUGAAACCUGUCGGAGGUUUAUGUGGUUGGCUUCACCGGUCUCCUAUCACAUCUCUUCCUCAAUAUGUAAAGCCUGUGAAUAAAUGUGUACAGAUAGACUGUAAAUUAAGGUUGUGCUACUUCAAAAAACAUAACUGUUUGUGUAAUGUGUUGCAUUUUUUUUUUUUUUU